AUGGAAAAAAAAAGCUUCAAAGAAUACUUAGCCGAAAUCGAAGACCCAAAAAACAACCGAGAAGUAAACCAUUCUUUACCUGAAAAUCCUACUCCUUUACAAGUAGCAAAAUAUAAACUCUGUAAGAAAAUACUAGGCUAUAAAUUAGACCAUGAACUAACUCGGGAACAAAUGGUCGAAAAAAUUGGCAUUAGCAAAGCUGAAAUAGAAGAUAUUCUUUUUUGUUGCAUUGAAGAAUUUACCCUCGAUAGGCUGGUUUCCUAUGCUAGCAAAAUUUUCGAACCUUUAGAAUUAGGAAUUACCAGAGCUAAAGAAAAAGAGCCAAUUCACCUAAAUGAAAAGCAUCCUGAACUUAGCCGAGAGUUUAUUGCUAAACUAUUCUUAAAAUUAGGUCAGGAAGAAAGAAUAGAACCAACUAACUACAAAGGCAAGAGGAAAGUCUACAACUAUAAGGCUAGGGAAAACUACACCCAAACCAUUAGCCAUAUUGUCUUUGACGAAGCUAUCAUUAAUCCCAAGACGGGAGAAGACUAUUUGGAGGAUGAGCAAGAAAAGAUUAAGGAGUUAUUGGGUUCAGCUUGGAGGGAUAGAGAUAAUGACCCGAAACCUAAAUUAAUCUAUAUUGCUAAUCCUUACGAGAGAUUUAGACCUUUUUUAGAGGACUUUUUGCCAGUGAUUAGAAAGCAAAGGAGCAAGUUAUUAGGGCAAGUAUUGGGUAAUGAGUUGGUGAGGUUGGAGGCUGGCAAGAAAGAGCUGUAUUUGUUUAAGAACACCACUUGCCAAAAGGUUUGUGAGUGUGAGUUGGAGAAUUGCUUGGAGUUAUGGCAAGGGUUCUUUGCCAAAGAGGAAGAUUUAAGGAUGUGUGAGUUUGUGAAUGGUUCGAGGGCUUUGUUUGUGUUUAGUGGGUGUGUUUUUUAUCAGGCUAAGGCUGGAUAUUGGUUUUUUGUUCACCGAGACAGCAAAGAUAUUUCUAAUAAGGAAGAUUUGCCCUUGGUGAAAGAAUACUGUCUGACUUAUGAACAAAGGUUGAAAAGUCAGCAAAAGGUGAAGUGGGAUUAUAUUUUUGUGGUUGGUUUAGGGGGGAAAUCUACUUUAAGCAUUCGGCUAAAUGUUCCCAGAAAACCAACGGAACCUUUGAAUGAACAGGAGUUGGUUAUGAGAAAUUGGGAGGUCAGCAUGCUUAAAUUAAGGCUUAGCGUGACAGACCUAAACCCCCUUUCCAAGUCUCGCAUUCUACGAGACUUACCAGCCAAUAUUUUAAGCUUGUCCGUAAACCGCAGAUUAAUCAAAAUUACCGGGCAAAUUCCCGGACAACCGGACGAAGUUUAUACUCGUCUUCCCAAAAGAGAGUAUGUGGCUCGGAGAGAAAUCUUUGACGAUAGCCCUCCCGACCAUCUCGCGGGCUUUGAUUAUGACGAAUGGGUCGAAAUGGGAGCCCAAGGAGUUCAACGAGCUCAAGCUAAACUCGCCCAAGGUCAACCUCUCACUCGACAAGAGAAAGAACUCUUAGGCUUAAUUAAGAAAAGACCAGGGGCUUAUAAGAGUGAAUUAGGCAGACCUAUGACUCCCGCUGAAAGACAACGAGCUCGGCGAGCUAAAUUAAAAGGAGGUAAAGCAUGGUAA